UUAGAUAUGGAUGCCUGUGUCAAAUGCUCAGAAGAGCUCUAUCCCAAUGUGGAUCAAACUAAAUGCAUCCCCAAAAUUGUAAGCUACUUGUCUUACAAAGACCCCUUGGGAAUCACGUUAGCUAUACUGGCUGUUUCUUUCUUCCUAAUGACAACACUCGUACUUGGAACAUUUGUGCACCACCAGCACACUCCAAUAGUCAAAGCUAACAACCGGGCCCUCACCUAUAUUCUUCUCGCCUCCCUUCAGCUUUGCUUCCUCUGUUCCUUGCUCUUCAUUGGGAAACCUGGAUAUCUGACCUGCCUUCUCCGACAAACUGCCUUUGGCAUUAUAUUUUCUGUGGCUGUUUCUAGUGUGCUAGCCAAAACUAUCACUGUUGUUCUGGCAUUUAUGGCCACCAAACCAGGAUCGAGCAUGAGAAAAUGGGUAGGGAAAAGAAUGGCAAAUUCAACUGUAAUUUCCUGCACUUUUGUUCAAGCAUGUAUUUGCAUUUUUUGGCUAAAUACAUCCCCUCCAUUCCCAGAUGCGGACAUGCAUUCAAUGAAAGGGGAAAUCACAUUGAACUGUAACGAGGGCUCAGAUGCCAUGUUUUACUUUGUCCUGGGAUAUAUGGGCUUCCUGGCCAUUGUCAGCUUCUUGGUGGCUUUUCUUGCAAGGACGUUGCCUGACAGUUUCAAUGAAGCCAAAUUUAUCACCUUCAGCAUGUUGGUAUUUUGCAGUGUUUGGCUGUCCUUUGUUCCAACCUACUUGAGCACUAAGGGGAAAAUCAUGGUGGCUGUGGAGAUCUUCUCCAUCUUAACCUCUAGUGCUGGUUUACUGGGAUGCAUUUUUUCACCCAAAUGCUACGUCAUACUGCUGAGGCCAGAGCUGAACAGCAAGGCACAGUUAAUAAGGAGAAGUAAUAAAUGA